AUGAGCAUUUCCCCAAUUGCGGCGGGAUCCAGUCUGUCAUGUGGCACGUGUGGUAGCACACUUGGUAUGCCGUGCAGAACGCCAAUGGGCUUCGCUGACAUCAGUGCCAUUGCGUCGCAUACGAUGAUGGGCCGGAAUAUAUGCGAGGUGCUUUACUAUUUCUGUGGGAGUGCAAAAUCUCCUCUUACUAAACUGUGCGGUUACUUGAACUGCCUUCUGCCUAGUGCGCCGAAAACGCUGGCGGACAUGUUCAGCUUCUACUAUCAUCUCACCGAUCGCUGGGGUAUGCAUGGUCAAGAGCAUAAGAAAGAUGCAUUUGACGAGCAAGUUAAAGCUGCCAAUUUCGGACGUCAGUAUACUGCGUUGAACGUCUACCACUUAUUUACCCCUAGUCACUCAGCAUUGAAGAAAGGCCACUCCGAUGGCAGCCUGGGCAGUCUCGUAUGCUUAUCACGGGACGCCGUCGUAUGCGGUCCUUAUCUGCGGCCCAUCAGUCACGCCAUCUACGAGACGUUCUCGUCAAAACACGCCGAUAAGUAUUUGUCGUGGAUCGUUUACCUGACGGCAUCGUUCUACGAUCUGCUUAAGAAAUUGUAUGAUGAGUGCAAUUCCAAAUGCGGUUCCAGGGGAUCGAAUUGCCACGUGAAAGCGUGCGUCAAGGAGUGUCCUACUACAUCCAAACAAGAUCCGCCACGAUAUCACGAUACCAAAUGCAAAUCCAUUGUAAGCUGCAAUGCUACGCUGCCAACAUUGGCAAAAUACGGAUUCGUUUUCGGCAACCCAGAAAAGCUAGACGGAAGUGAACGAUCGCAAACGAAACGCACGUGCAGAGAUCUCUGUACAGUAUUUGCGGAGGCAUUUGAGGAAGACUCACAUCUUGUGAAGUUUUUCAAAGCCAUUGAUAAUUUCAUAUUCACCAUCAGAGAGCCGUUUAUAUGGCUCAACGUCGCACUCUGGCUCCUCUCUUUCCUCUACCUCACCCACAUCAUGGUCAUCCGCCUCGACCUGCUCCACAUCAAAUCGCACUUACAUAGUCCCUCAUCACAUCGCAUCGCUGCUCAAUCACUACUCGCUGCCGCACGUGUUAACAAACUUAACAGAGUGUUUUACCUGCAACCAUAA